AAUGGAAGCAUUUAAAGCCCCAGAGAUACAGAGAAAGAAGACUAUAGUCAAAGCGACUCACAAGAAUGUACUCAGGAAAUGUUAUUUGAACUUACAAAAGAAUUUCAGUGACAACAAUAAUGAUGAUAUGCCUGGAAUCAACUUGUUUAAUUCAGAUUUUAAUUUCUCCUUGCCCAAGAGCACUGAGAUAGGAGUAAACGCUGAUUUUACAUGGAAUAAGAUUGUCAAGGCUGCUAUUGCCAGGAAAGCAAAGUCCAUCAUGGAGCCUCCCACUACACAAGAGAUGAUAGGUAAAGGACUCAUCUCUGAUCUUGAUGCUCUAUCAGAUGAGUCUGAUGAUGAGGACUGAGAUUUCAGGAGAAUGGAGUCUACUUUGACUGGAAAUGUAAGACCAGAGUAUAACGAAAAACCAGAGAUUAAGAGGAUUCAUUCACAUUCUUGGAAUGCUUCAGGGAAUCAAUUCUCAGAAUCUCCUAAAGUACAAAGUGGCUGGAAUUCUCCAAGAUUAUGCGAACUCUACCCUGAUAUUAGCAUCAAUGACUUUGAAAUAAUAAAAUUCAUCGGAAGAGGCUCAUUCAGUGUUAUUAACCUUGCUAAUUUUACCAAGGAUAAUCAGAAUUACGCUCUCAAACAGUGAAGAAAAGAGGAUAUUUCAAGGUCUAAUAAAAUAACAAACUUGAUGAGAGAGAAGGACAUUCUAUCUGUUCUGGAUCAUCAAAAUAUGAUCAGACUUGAGGAAACCUUCCAAGAUGAUACUAACCUCUAUUUCUGCUUUCAAUAUUAUCAAUAUGGAGACUUGUCUGCUCUUAUUAGGUCUAAAAAGAAGUUGAAUCUUGACCAGACAAGAUUUUAUGCAAUGGAACUUAUAAAUGCUCUCGAAUAUCUCAGAGACCUUAAUAUUGUCCAUAGAGAUAUCAAGCCAGAGAACAUUAUGAUUGACAAUAACUUUCAUUGAAAGCUGGGUGACUUUGGCUGCGCCAAAGUCAUCGAUCCGGAAGCAGUCAAGGAAGAAAUCAAUCAGAAAUGUGGAAAGGAAAAUGAUGUUUUCGAAGUAGAGCAGAACUAUGAAUCCUUCUUUGAUUCUACUGAUGAUACUGAUAAUGAUUUUGAUAUACCUGGAGAUUUCAAGCAAGCUACCUUUGUAGGUACACCUCUGUAUAUAUCUCCAGAGAUGCUAGAGCAUAGUAUCGCUCACUUUUCUUCAGAUCUAUGGAGUUUAGGCUGAGUUAUAUACCAAUGCCUUCUUGGUUAUCCCCCAUUCAAAGGCUCAACAGAAAGAAUAGUUUUUGAAGAAAUUUUAAAUUGACAGAUAGAAAUACCAAUCGAUAUUGAUGCAGCAGCGGAAGACUUAAUUCUAAAACUACUAAGCAUCAAUCCCUUAGAAAGACUAGGUGCUGGUGAAGAAGGCUCUAUCAACGACUUUGAGGUUCUCAAAAGCCACGUUUUCUUCAACGGGUAUGACUUCAACGACAUAAACAACCAAAAUCCCCCUAUAGAGUCCAUCCUACAUACACAAUUAUCCCAAGAAGACGACUACGACGACCUAAUUUUCUCUCCUGAGUAGUCACAUAUCACCUAAAUUCAAUAAAUCUAA